AUGGAUCCGCCUCAGACACCGACUCCGGCACUUGGGGCUUCUCAGCCAUCGAAUUCCCACUCUCCUUCCCCUGGCCCAAGGAGGCGCAUGCAGAAUAACGAUUAUCCACUUUCUAGCGAUAGCAGAUCCGGGAAUGGUCCAAUGGGCAUCGCGGGCCAAGAUCAGGUUUCGGCCACGUCCUCCGGGGCCCGCCAACAGUCCCCCGCGCCCGAUAGUACUGGUAAAUCGAAGACCUCCAAGCGCAAGAACCGCCGCCGCAAACCGAAAAAUCGCAAACAAUCCUUCCUCACGCCCGCUCGAGACACAUCGCAUGAUCGGCCUGGAAGCUCAUCGGUAGCGGAUGUUGCAAGAGAGCAGAUGGAAGGCGAUCGGCCAACCUCGAAGGAUGGUCAGUCAUUUUUCAAAUUGGGCAGGAACUUGAGUAAUACCAGCUUGGAGAGCGAGGCUUUGUUGGACCAUAGAGACCAGCCUAUGAUGCGGCCGCGUCGCGACAGUCGCCAAACCUCUUUCCGUCCUAGCUCUUUAAUAUCCGGUGCCUUUAGAUCUGGCGAUCUACGACCUCGAAGUAGCCCCGGGGGAGGAGGACGACCUCAACAAUACCAUGACGAAGACAGCGACGGAUCUGAACCGACCGACCUCACACCUUUAGUGCGCGCUACGCCAGGGAAUACAUCGGGUCGAACCCGCUAUGGAACAGACUCACGAACCAGCCCACUUUCCUCUCGUCCGCGGAGAACAUCCGGUCAGACAACAUCGUCGCAAUGUUCGCCAAAUCAUAGCCAAUCGUACUUCCCCGAACAGGAACGCGAUUUCGAUAUUAACAAUCCUCCAUCGGUGCCCGGCACUCCAAAACUCGGGCCGGAAAUGAACUACGACGAUGCAAUGAUGACUGGUGUUGAUUUUGCGCAGUCUAUGGAAAACCACAUGGACGCCUUCAACCGAGUCAAUGACGCCGUUAUCAAUAUCGACGGCAUGCCACAUCAACAUUCGGCACCGUCGUCUGCUCCUGGGUCCCCCUUGUAUUCCCCGCAUGCACCUGAAUUUAGUUCAAGACGCCACACUGUUGCAAACCUAGGUCUUCCUGAAGAUGUUUGCUUGCCGCCCGAUGGGUCAGAACUGGGAGAUGAGGGUCUACAUGCACCACGAGAUGAGACUGGUGAAAGAAGACGGCGUAGACACCGACGCUGGCCAGACUUAUCAGUGCUGGAGGACUGGAGUCGAGAAGAAAAAGAAGAGCGCAGUGGUGAUCUACGUGUUAAAAAGAUCAGUGAGCCAAUGCUCAUUGAAGGCCGACUUCGACCACAAUACAAAGUAUGGCGCCGCGAAGAGGAAGAAGCUCCUUAUCGGUUUACCUAUUUCAAUGAGGAGUUUCCAAGCACUAUACAUGCACAGACUAUAUCCGAACUGGUGCAACCAGGUGGUAGUUUCCGUGAACUGUUUAUUCCAGAUCCUCCAGAAUUGGAGGAUUCGUCGUCCGAUGAAGGAGAUGACGACAACCACUCUUCCAAUGAGCAUAAUGGUGGUCAGCCAUUUCAUAUCCCUGGCAAUGGGCCCCGAGUAGCUCAUUCGCAUGAAGAAUUGCAUACCCAAAACGGUGCAGCUGUCCCAGCGGGAGCAUAUACUACUGCCAAGAAUGGCAACAAUGCUACUCCGAGUUCCACAGGUGAGACCAGAGGACAACAACGUUUAUCUGUCAUUAGUGAGGGGCACCUUGAAUCCAACCGAGGGCUUUCACCAUCACAGUCAAACGGUGGCAUGAAGCCUAAGCGGUAUGGUCCUCGACCGACAUUUUGGCUAGAUGUGCUCUCCCCAACCGACUCGGAGAUGCGGGCUAUUGCCAAGGCCUUCGGCAUCCACGCACUGACUGCCGAAGAUAUCAUGAUGCAAGAGGCACGGGAAAAGGUAGAGCUGUUCCGCAGUUACUACUUUGUCAACUACCGUACAUUUGAGCAGGACACAAAUAGCGAAGACUAUCUUGAGCCUGUGAAUAUGUAUGUGGUUGUUUUCCGCGAGGGAGUGAUUUCCUUCCACUUUUCACAGACUCCUCACCCGGCCAAUGUACGACGCCGUAUCCGCCAGCUCAUGGACUACUUGAUCCUCAGUUCCGACUGGAUCUCAUACGCUCUCAUUGAUGACAUUACAGAUGUUUUCGGUCCCCUUAUUCAAGCCAUCGAGGAUGAGGUCGAUGAGAUUGAUGAAAUGAUCAUGCAAAUGCACUCAUCUAGCAAAGAGGGAUCCUCUAAUGAUAAUGUGCUUCCGUCAUUUGCACCUGGUGAGAUGCUGCGGCGGGUUGGCGAGUGCCGCAAAAAGGUUAUGGGACUCUACCGACUGCUCAGCAACAAGGCAGAUGUGGUCAAAGGUUUCGCGAAGCGUUGCAAUGAACAGUGGGAAGUGGCACCCAAAUCGGAGAUUGGCCUGUAUCUUGGUGAUAUUCAAGAUCACAUUAUGACCAUGACAGGCAAUUUGACCCACUAUGAAACAAUACUCUCUCGGGCGCAUUCAAACUAUCUAGCUCAGAUUAACAUCUUGAUGAACGAGCGCCAGGAACAGACUGCCGAUGUUUUGGGCAAGUUGACUGUAUUGGGUACCAUUGUUCUCCCCAUGAACAUCAUUUGUGGCAUGUGGGGCAUGAAUGUCAAGGUACCAGGUCAGGAUAUAGAAAGUUUGAAUUGGUUCUGGUCGAUUACCGCUGGUCUGUUCGUCUUUGCCUUGAUCUCAUUUUUGAUUGCCAAGCGAGUCUACAAGAUCGUAUAG